GACAGGUCUUCGGAAUGCUAGACCAUCCCAGCUUCAACUUCCCUACGAACAUUUUUCUACACCGCUCAUCCAUGCCUUAUCUGGCAAAUGUGUUUGGGAUUAACACGUAGCAAUCUCGUAAUUGCUAUUUUGGUAGCGAGGCCCUCAGAGCCUUGUUACUCAUUACUCUCGCGAGAUCAAAAGGUGGCAGGGUGGGACGAAGCUCAAACAGAGAAUGACUGCAUCUCUCGAUCUAAGGUGGGUGUCGCGCUUCGCGUUUGCGAGCGAGGCAGCGAAUUACCUAUUAGCGUAACAUUUGUCGUCACAUCGAUGAGCUAGUAGAGCUGAAUCGGUCAGUUAGGGUGCAGUCGGAUAGUGUGGGCGGAUUUAAUCCUGGACAAUCAGCUUGCAGAUAAUCGCGAUGACAGACGCGAGGAAGCGGGUUGUUAGUGAGUAAUGCCCUCUAUCCACGAAUGGAAAGCCGAGAUUCAGCUUACAAAUAUUUUCUUAAGGGGAGCUUCAACCAACAUAACAUGAAGCUCUGUAUGAUAUAUAAAUAAUGUUAGUAAAAGAAGCUGGUGCUUUGAAUAUUUCCCUUGUCUAAUCUUCUUGGUUGUACUGAAUCAAACUUGAAUCAAUAAUUUCUUUUGGUGAUAUUCCUUGGCGCUAUCAACAUGACGUCUGCACCCCCUUCUAGCUCCCUUCUCCUCUCCGGGGGAACCAUUAUAGCAUACAAAGAAGAGACUCAAUCACUAGAUGUGAUUCGUUACGGCGCGGUACUCAUCAAGGGCGACACUAUCGCGGCGCUAUACGAUACCCCCAAUCCAAGUGACGUGCCAGCGGGUACAGAGGUCGUCGACUGUACGAAUAAGAUUAUCUCGCCCGGUUUCAUAGACACACACAGGCACGGCUGGCAAGCAGCACUGAAGACAUUAGCUCCGAACACAACCCUGGCCGACUACAUUUUCCGCUAUAGCUCCCCUGCCGCAGGAUACCUGUUCACACCCGAAGAUGUUUACAUCGGACAACUCGCCGGUUUGCUUGAGGCCCUCAACGCCGGCGUGACAACAACUCUAGACCACGCUCACCACAUCUGGUCACCCGAGACGACGAAGGCUGGUCUACAAGGAUCAAUUGACAGCAGUGCCAGGGUUUUCUGGGGUCAUGAUUUCCAGGGCACCAAAACGUAUCCGCUCUCAGAUCAAAUCACUACUUUUAAGGAGAUAGUAAAAACAAAAUCUCCCACAGACGACCUAACUACUGUGAGUGCGGCGUACGACCAAUGGGCGCACGCCUCGCAAGAAGAUAAGGAGGCGAUUGUCAAUGUGGUCAAGGAAUUGAAUAUCCCAGUUCUAACAGUCCAUUACGUGGGCGGUGCAUGGGCGCUCGAAAACUCACCGGAAAUCCUUCAACCCACUGGCAUCCUAAACACUGACACAGCUGUCGUGAUCUCCCAUGCCUCCGCAAUUACAGCCGCGGGCGCCAAUAUCCUUCGUGCCACCAACCAGUUUAUCUCCAUCACGCCCGAAUCAGAGAUGCACUAUGGGCAUUCACACCCUACCUCGCAUCUCAUACAAGAUCAAGGCUCGAUUGGCGUCGACACAUUUAUGACCUUCUCGACGGAUAUGAUAACCCAAGCCCGCUUAUGGCUCCAGAGAACUCGCACCCGCCUUUUUGAUGAGGUCCUCGAUAAAUGGGAGGUUCCUGUCAAUAACCCUAUGUCAGUCAAUCAAGCCUUCCUCAUGGCUACUCGACAAGGCGGAUUAGCGCUCCGACGUCCAGACCUAGGUGUAAUCCGAGUCGGAGCCAAAGCAGACCUCGUCAUUUUCGACGGCCGCACGCCGGCAUUGCUAGGAUGGCGUGACCCGGUCGCGGCGGUGAUCCUACACGCAAGUGUCGGAGAUAUCGAACAUGUCAUAGUCGGCGGCAAGUUCGUAAAGAAGGAUGGCAAAUUGACUUAUGCCAACUACGAAUCUGUAAAGGAUCGAUUCCUCGCUAGUGUGGAAAGAAUACAGAAAGCCGUCAUUGAAAGGCCUGCUCCUGUGUUGGAGGGCAAUUUCUUCACUGGAUGUGGAUAUGGUCGUGCUACGGAGGUGAAUGUUACUCGGAGAGGGAACAACGGUUAUGGUGAACAGUUCCUCCAUUAAAAACUGAUGUAUAUAUGUAAGCGAGUGGCUCACCGAAAGUGAGAGCGAAUGCUGCGGAAUAUCUGGGGACGAAAGACGCCGCUCAAUGCUAUUACGACACGAAAUCUCACAUUCUCGAUGGAUAUUAUUAUAUGCAAGCCAUAUCAAAAAUCAAUGAAACUUGAAAUUCGCUCUUGGACUAAUUUCACCAACUACUUCUUCCCUGCAGACUGUUGUUGAAAAUACCGAGUCAUGGUAUACCCAGGCACACGAUUAGUAUGGGGAAGUUCAUCUAACCCAUUCCGUCGACCGAAGAAAGAUAUGCAAGGUUGUGCUAAUCCUUGAAGUCCAUAUUUUAAUCAGUAUAGGUCAAGGUAACGCUUCCAUCCAUACUUCAAGCAUUAUAUAAUACUCAUAUUAUCUUGAAUUGUAUGCCUUCUCGACAACCCGGUACCUGGGCUACAGGAAUGUUCCGUGAAAAAACUUGUGGGCUUGGCAUACAUUUCUUGAUUUGCAACCCGAAAAACCAGGAAGCGGGUGGGUAUGGAGGUAACCUUAUCGCCGUCUCCAGCUAUCUCGAAGGGGGGUUCCCCGUCUGAGCGCAACUGUGGACAGGGUAGAGCUUUUGGUUUGGAAUUCUGUAGGCGUGCAUCCAUCACGCCGUUCCUGAAUCAGCAUGGAUAUGGUGUAAAAUCAUGGCUGAUAAUUUUCUAUGAUCGU